CUCUGUUUUUGACACCCUCAUACUCUCCAUCAUCUUAGCUAACUACUCUCUUAACUUCUUUCUCUCUCUUCCCUCCUUAAACCAUUUCACAUUAAUUCUCUCCUUCUAUAUAUCCUUACAUAUUUCUCACUUUCUCUCCUUCCUUCCCUUUUUUAUUUAUCAUGCAUUCUUUUAAGUAGCCAAAUUCUAUCUAGCUUAGGAACACUUGUGUGAAACAUUUCACCAAAUCAAGCAUAUUAUAUUAAUUUAUUUGUACAUAUACCUAAUAUUCAUUUCCUCCAAUCCAUUCAAGAAGAUUCAUCACCAUGUUGCAAGAUGUUAUCCACCCUCCAUCACAUGAUGAUCAACUAUCCAUUGAUGAAAUUUCAAGUCCAAUUAGUGCACAAAUUUUUGAACUUUGUGACCCUAAUUUGUUCCAAGACUCUCUACAACAAAAUUCUGAUGUAACUUCAAGCUCAAAUUGUUGUCAUGAAGAAAACAACAACAAUUCUUCAUAUACCUUAAACAACAUAUCUCAAGCUUUAGAUUUAGACAAUAACAUCAAUAGCAAUAACAAUAGCAAUAGCAAUAGUACUGCAACAACUACUAGCACAACAAGCCCUACCACAAACAACGUUAACAACAUCAACACAACAAAUACCAAUAAUAAUAACAACCUUUCCAUUAUCUUUGAUUCACAAGAAGAUCUUGACAAUGACAUUUCAGCUUCUAUAGAUUUCACAUCAUCACAAUCUUUUCUCGUUCCGCCGCUUCUUCCAUUAACAACUCAUCAAGAACAACAAUUUGAUUUCUCUUCAACACAAACUCAUCAUCUUUCUGGUUUGAAAGGGCUACCACAAUAUCAAACUGAUCCUAUUUCUUCGGCAGCGCCGCUUAUGAGUGCUUCAUUCCCUUCUGUAUUUGAAGAUGAUUGCAUAUCUUCAAUUCCUUCUUAUUCUCCUUCUUGUUCUUAUCUUAGUAAUGGCUUAGGUGUCUAUAUGCCUCAUGGAAAUCUUGCUACUGCUUUAUCUGCUGAUAGUUCUAGCUUAUUUGGUGGAGGGAUUCUAUUAGGUUCUGAAAUGCAGACACAAGAUUUGGAUUAUCAAGGUGAAAAUGGUGGAAUUUAUUGUACAGAUUCUGUUCAACAGGUUUUUAACCCUCAAGAUUUUCAGGCACUUGGUAAUGAGAAUCACAAACUAGUAUCUGGUGCUGGAAGUUGUUCUGCCACUUUGGCACCAGAAAUUUCACACUUGGAGGACUCUAGUUUGAAAGUUGGAAAACUUUCUGUUGAGCAAAGGAAAGAGAAGAUUCAUAGAUAUAUGAAGAAGAGAAAUGAAAGAAAUUUCAGCAAGAAAAUCAAGUAUGCUUGUCGAAAAACUUUAGCGGAUAGCCGGCCGCGAGUUAGAGGAAGGUUUGCAAAGAAUGAUGAUUUUGGAGAGAAUCAUAGGCCAGGUAGGAGCAACCAUGAAGAUGAUGAUGAAAUAGCUGUUAAAGAAGAAGAUGAUAUGGUUGAUUCCUCAGAUAUCUUUGCACAUAUCAGUGGACUUAACUCCUUCAAAUGCAACUAUUCCAUCCACUCAUUGAUUUGAAUUAAUUAAUUAAUAUAGUUUGACUAGUAUAUGUAUAUCUAUAAUAUAAUAUAAUAUAUAUUUAGCUUGUGUAGAUUUUUGUAGGGCCCUUUACCAUCUUCAGGGCUUGAUGGCAUAAGGAAAGUGAAUAAUUGGGGUCCAAAAUAUUAUAUAUCAAUAAGUGAGUUAGGAACACACAGAAACUAGAAAAUGUAUACAUUUUUGCAGAUAUUGUCUUUUUCUAUGUUGUUGUAACUAUGAACUAGUUGUAUUUACCACAUGAAAAAAA